GGGGGCCUUCAUCGCACGGCCCGCUUGCGGCCCAGUCUCCAUCCGCAAUCCUCUCAAAUCGGCAGGACCACGUGGAGCGACACCGGAACCAAGGAGCGCGCCCGCUGGCGAACCCUCCGAAGGAGUUCGCGAAGAAUUUUUGCCCCGGACCGUUUGAAGCGUCCAUCUAGGGCCACAUCAGAACGUCGUAUUUAGUAGAAUAGGACGUUUGUUGAUUGUUUCGUUCAUGGGCAAUGCCAACAAACAUAAAUAGAGAAACGUGCCUAGGUAUUUCGAGUGUCAACUCGGAUUUUACGCGAGUUUGUUCGGAAAGCGGUGGAAAAAUUCUUGGUGCUUUUCUCGAGCUGUCAAACGCGCUGUUUCGGUUUUUCUGCAGUGUUCACGGAAACCUUGGUAUUCGAUGAUUGAAAUGGGAAUGCUCUAAUGAAUGCUGUCAUGAGAUUUGAACCUCGAAAAUUACCUCUCUUGUGGUUUCUAUCCAGCUCAGUGGUUGCUGAAACCAUUCUUCACUCCGACAGCCACAAAGACGUUCAAAGAGUGAAAGACGACCACUCCUAUUCACUAUACAGGACGUACACGAACUCAGGUGACGAGACCAACCCGUCCGACCAGCCAACAGAUCAAGAUUACGAUCUAGUCCUACAGGACUAUCUGGACAGUUCAGAGGGAUCUGCAGUUGGGGUCAUCCAGGACCAGAAUGACACAUCAGACGGUGGCAAUUACAACUACACGUACAACUUGGAGGAGAUCGAGCAAUACAUCUUCCCGAAGACGUGGACUUGGUUCUUGAUCUUUUUCCACGGCAUAGUGUUCAUCGUAGGCAUAGUGGGUAACUUUCUGGUAUGCGUGGCCGUGUACAGGAACCAUACGAUGAGGACCGUAACGAAUUAUUUCAUCGUGAAUCUUGCGGUCGCUGACUUUUUGGUGAUAUUGUUCUGUUUGCCGCCUUCGGUGGUUUGGGACGUGACUAUGACGUGGUUUUUUGGAGUGAUCAUGUGUAAGACUGUGCUCUAUUUUCAGAGCGUCUCCGUGACGGUGAGCGUCCUCACCCUCACCUUCAUUUCCAUAGAUCGCUGGUACGCUAUUUGCUUCCCUUUGAAAUUCAAAUCGACUACAGGAAGGGCCAAAACCGCCAUCGGCAUCAUCUGGAUGCUGUCACUUUCGACCUCACUGCCAGAGAUGAUUUACUCGACCACUAAACCAAGGGAAGGCUUGGGCUUCGAGACCGUUUAUUUCACGCAGUGCAAACCCAGUUGGUCCAUACAAACAGACACUUAUUUCACCAUCGUCAGGAUGAUUUUUUCCUAUGCGUUUCCGCUUCUUUUCAUGUCAGUGGCCUACAUCCAGAUCAUAAAGGUGUUGUGGAAGUCUGGUACUAUUCCACAUCAAGUUAUAGAUGUCUCAGGUAGGCAUGUCAAUUCCUUCGCAAUGAACAUGAACGCAAGUACUGAAGGGCAGCUGAAGAGCAGAAAGAAAGCAGCUAAGAUGUUAGUAGUCGUGGUAGCUAUGUUUGCCAUUUGCUACUUUCCAGUGCAUCUGCUUUCUCUCCUUAGGUUGACAGUGGAGCUGAGGAACAGCGAGGCCAACAGGGCGGUUGCGAUGAUCUCCCACUGGCUCUGCUACGCCAAUAGUGCUGUAAAUCCCAUCAUAUAUAACUUCAUGAGCGGGAAAUUCCGGAAAGAGUUUCAAUCGUCGUUUUCGAAAUGCAGCGCCAACGAGCACUCGGAAGGAAACGGCAGGACCAGCACGUACAUCUAUAGGUAUACAGCGAACAGGCAGAGCACCAGGUCCAGGACGGAGAUAAUCCCUUUGAACAAUAUCCACACCAAGAUCAACUGAAAUUUAUCACGAGAAUAACUGUACGCGACAGUUCAUUUUUAAUGAGAUGUUCGGGAACAAAUAAUAGAGGGUGAAAAAUCCCUUUUGCCACACACUUUCGAUGGAGCUUGCCUUUUUUAUC